AUGUACCCCGGCCCCGGGGACCUGUACCCGGGCGCGCACGGCGGCGAGGGCUGCUACCCGCCGGCGGUCCAGCACAUGUUCCCGCGGGGCCCGCUCUACCCGAUGCCCGGCUACCAGGUGUCCGGGAAGAUCCAAGUCGUCCUCAACAACUACCCGCUCUGGGCCAAGUUCCACAAGCACCAGACGGAGAUGAUCAUCACCAAGCAGGGCAGGAGGAUGUUCCCGUUUCUGAGCUUCAACAUCACUGGGCUGGACCCCGUGGCUCAUUACAGCAUCUGUGUGGACAUUGUGUUAGUGGAUCAGCACCACUGGCGGUACCAAGGCGGGAAAUGGGUUCAGUGUGGCAAGGCGGAAGGAAACAUGCCAGGGAAUCGGACAUACAUGCACCCGGAUUCUCCGAAUACUGGCGCCCACUGGAUGCGGCAAGAGAUCUCCUUCGGAAAGCUGAAGCUCACCAAUAACAAAGGAGCAUCAAAUAAUGUUACGCAGAUGAUCGUGUUACAAUCUUUGCACAAGUAUCAGCCACGGCUACACGUCACGGAGGCCAAGGAGGGCGAGGUGGACGAGGUGCAGUCUUCUCUCUGCACCCAGACCUUCACCUUCCCCGAGACUCAGUUCAUUGCUGUGACAGCGUACCAGAAUGCUGAUAUUACCCAGCUGAAGAUAGACCACAAUCCUUUUGCCAAGGGCUUCCGGGAUAACUUUGAUUCGAUGUACAGUGCAGCUGAGGGAGACCGCACAACCCCCUCUCCCCCCAGCAUUGGUAGCUGUCAGCAGCUUCUGUCCGGCAGCCAUUUCCAACCCUUCUUACACGAUCAGUACUCUCUCCCCCGAAGCCGCUUCUACAAUAGGGAGCAUGGCCCGCUCCCCCUGCAACCCAAGGAUACCCACCACUGGUAUUUUGCCUCACAACAGCCGCCAACCACCCCUCUAGAAUACAGCACCUACGACGGUGACUACAGAGGGAACAAAUUUAUGCCCUACGGUGUGAAGCCAUUUGCCCUGCAGGCUUCACCCCACACUUCGCUGUCCUACUACCAGGAGCACCCUUUUGGCCCUCCAACUGCUUGGAGUUCUCCAGCCCAGUAUCAUCACCCCAAGCCGGCCCCGGGGGCGUUGAGCUGGUUCCGGCCCAUGAGAGAUUUGCAGCCAGCGCCCUCUGGUGACGAGAAAGGGAAGGACAGCGAAGGCUGGGCCGAGCCAGGUUCGGUGAAAUCGGCCGAUUCCUCGGACUCCGGGUUGUACGAAGCCGAGUGUAAGCGCCGCCGGAUGUCUCCCUAUGUCUCCAGUGCUGAAAGCUCACCCCCCAUCCGCAAUGGAGACCUCUACGACAAAGAAGGAGGCGACGCCGGUUACUAUGGCUUCUAUGGGAACUGAAGGGGAGCAGAGACACUUGAGGUUAAGGAGGGGCCUUUGAGACAUCCAGUUCCCCUCAAGUCAUAUCAGUGGUACCAAGCAAAAAAAUGGGACACCUUGGUUUGGGGAAGGUCUGCACCAUCGUAGGCACUGCUUGGCCACAGAUUUGUAUACUGUCUAGACGAAUUUCCCUCUCAUGUGGCAACAUCCAGGUGCUAGUUGUCCUGUGUUAAGCAUGACCUUACACUGACAUUUCUGAAUAGAGAUAUGCAAGCCCGCACUGAACAGUGUGUAUGGAACAGGGUUCUUGAUUCCCCUCAUAUGUUUGUCCACAAGGGCAUUUGGUCAGACCUACAGCAUUACGAGAGCUUCCACUCGCACAGAAAAGUACAAAGGUCUUACUCCCGUGAGGUGUCUUCACGUCUGUGGUCCUUCCCUUGCUUAGCUUCGUGGCCAAACAAGAAGGGUAGAGCUGAAAUGAAAUUCCUCACAGAUGUGAAAUCUGAAAGUCCCACGCUUUUCAGAUUUGACUUCUUACAUUCAUCUCGGUGUGAUACAUUUGAAGGCCGUAAUGUAUCCUUCCCAUUUUCCAGUUAAUUCACCCUGAUCCAGAUAAGGAGAGCUUUCUUACAGAAGGUUUCUUUUAGAGGAGAUUCAAUAAAUUCAUCAAGGAUAGCUCUAUGAAUGGCUAUGAGUCAUGCUGGGAAAAUACGACCUCCAUGUUUUUUUCCAUG